AAGGAAGGAAAUUGAGGUUGGAGAAAAUAAUUUUUAGAGAGAAAUGAAGAGGGUUUCAAGAAGGAGAAAAGAUUGAGGGGGUUUUGAUGAUGAGAAGGGAAUAAAGAAGAUGCAGAGUUGAGAGUUGACUGGUGAGAAGUCUAAAGAAGGAUGUGCUAAAGGGAAUUUGCGUUUUUAGCAAGGGUGGCAAAGAAGCAGUAGAGAUUAACGAAGAGAAUAGAGAAGAAGGAAGCCUAAGGUGGUGGCUAAAGGCGUGACUGAAGAGUGCUGCUGUAGUAGUGGUAAUAGGGGUAGCUUUGAUAAUGGGGUAUUGGAGUGAAGUGAAGAGAUGGGUGGAGGUGGUGGUGUGGUAUUUUGUGAUGCCUAAUCUAGCGUUUGUGUGUGUUGUGUUUUGAGGGCCGUUGAGUGGAUGUCCGGCUGGGUUGGCGACUGAAGCAGGGAUUGUUGGAAAGGUGUUAGCGUGUCCUUGAUGAGUUGCUCUGUGAUGAUGGCCUGCUUUUUAUUGUUAUCUCUGGUAUCUUAUUUAUAUAACUGACGAAUACUUUUAUUUCUUCAAAGUUAUUCUCAUUGAAUUAUGCUUCCUCGUACUUCUACUGCUCACAUGCUAUAUCAAGAACCUAUUCUCCAACAUGUUCAAAAAGGAGUAAAUACAGUAGAAAUCCUCAAAUGGAUUUAGUUAAGCUAACUUAUGAAAUCUGGACUGAUU